UGUGUCACACACAGUGUGUGUCAGGGCGCCGGGCGGUCCGGUGCGGUGAAUCCGCCCGGGCUAGACUCCAGUCCGGGCUUUGUGAGCCACAGUGUCGGUCUCCAAACUGUCACUUCGUUGUUUGAGGAGGCGAGGCGGGUAAAAAUGUAAACACUGAAACUGGAGGAGACUUUUCUCUUGUUGAAUUCAUGUUUUAAACCCGUGACUACAUUCUCCCACGACACACAGAGAGCUGUUACAGUUUACUGCUUCACCGGUGACUAUGUUUAGCUUCCCGCUGUGUUUUCCCCGGCGCAGUAACAUUAUUUUGUUGUUGAACGUUAGCCAGGCUAACUGUUAGCUAAAGCUAGCCGGGGGAGCUAACGUUUGUUUAGCAAGCAAAACUAACGUGAACUUAGCUGGUAGUUAGCUGUUAGCUAGAUAACGCUUGUAACUCCUUACUUCCUAAUGCCACGAGGUGUUGUUUCCGGAGUCCAGGGAGUAGAAAUAGCACUUUGUCUUGAUGGAGGAUUACGACGAGUUUGUGCAGCUUCGUCUCCGCCAGUUGAGGGAAAAAGAGGACAGUCAGGCUGCAGUAUCAUCAGUAAGCUCUGUUAGCAAUGGAUCCUCUCUCAUCCGCUUCUACGGACGACCCAUUCUUCCACCUCUGCUGUCAGGGACUCAGAGGGAGGAGAUGCGGGGACACAGAGAUGCAGUGCAGAGGGAUGCUGUCCAGGGAAAGUUCAAGGCUGAUGCAAGAGUGGCCUACGUACAAACCAUUCUGCAGAGUGUUCAGCUGAGGAAAACACCAACACUAGAGGAGUUUUUUCAAGGGUCAGGUCCAAACACAUUCAAAUCUUUAUCUUCCUAUAAAACCACCAAUGGAUCAGUUUCUCAGAGUGAUUAUGUUACAGGGACAGAAGAUAGUCUGUCGUUCUCACCACCAUCUGACCUAUAUGAUGGAAAGGCUGAUGUCAUUGUUCCUCCGUUGACAUCAACCACAUAUAGUGCCUUCUCCACCUAUUGCCAGGAAGAGUGCCUUAUUGGUCAAAAUGAGGAGACACUCGAAUCACAACCAGAGAUAGAUCAUCUUAACGGUUCAAACCUCCAUUCAGUGACUUCAGGUUAUAUGACCUAUGAGAAUGACAAAAACACCACCGCUGUUUCUGGUACAAUCGAGGAUAAUAAUACUUGUGGCUUUUUCCUUCACAACACCUCAAACACAAUCACCAAUAUGCCAGAUAUUAUCAGCCACCCUCCCAUAGAUGGAGAGGAACUAGAGAAAGGUGCACAGGUGUUAUCCCAUUGUAAUAACUGCACGGCAGGGGACUCACCGAAGGGCAUUUGUAGCACCUCAGUUCAGCAGGACUCUCUCAUAAGUGCCCACUCAGCAGAGCAGGUACCCUCAGAUGGGCCUGAGGAAAGGCGUCUGUCGUCAGGAAAAUCCGAUAGCUCUCAUCUGGAGAGUACACAGUGUGAAGAUAACUCUCCCUUUUCUGCAGUAGAUGUCCUUGGCCAAGAUCAAAAUCACGAGGGAAAUGAGGGCCCAGUCUCCUCAGUAGAAAGUUGCUGCCUUUCAGGUGAGCCAGAGUUAUUACAAACAUUGGCCACUCAUGGCUGUUCAACAUCAAAUCUACCACAAAUUCAGCAUGAACUCAGGGGAAAAGACGUCGCAGACAAUCAGGAAUGUGAAACAGAAUUAAACCCUCCUGAGGAGCCUUACCGGCUGAGCCUCCAGGCCCUGCUAAAGAAAUCUCAAGAGUAUCGGCGACAACAGCGGAUGCUUAGGAACCAAGCCAAAAACUAUAAAAUCCAGGAGAGAACUCAAGAACGAACAAGAGGAGGGGAGGAGGAGCAGAACCUCUCUGAUAAGGAGAAUGAUGAAUUCCCCUGCAGGGGGACAAUCACUGCAGAAGGAAAGAAGACUAGAGAGAAGAGCGCCACUGUGUUCCCAUCCGUGGAAGCAUCACCAAGGAAACCCUGGGAAAAUGAGCAGAGGAGAGAGGGAAUCUUUGUAAAAGAGCACCAUGGGAAAAAGGCAAAGUCAAACUCUGAAAUCACAGGUUUGAAUGGAGAUGGAAAUACUGAGACACCGGCUAAAGUUCAAGGAGAACCAGCCUCUACAAAUAAUUGUCCAAGCUGUUCACAAGAGGUCAUGACAGAGCACCACCAAGCAUGCACUUUCUCUCAGCCACAACCUGUCAUCUUGACAGAUAACUCUCCGGUACAGGAAGCCUUUUACUUGACCUGUGAGCAGAGUACCACCUGCCCCCCAUCUAGAUCUAAAGAAGCAGGGAAGUACCAGACCGUCCCAGCCCCUCUGUUCUGCAUGAGUCCUAUUUACUCCAAGGGUAAAGGCAGUAUCAGAGCUGCAAAAGCCAUUGAUGGAGCUGAUGCCCCAAAAAGUGAAGUUCUGGUCAUUACAGGUCUGAACAUAAACAACAAGGUUGAGUCAAAAGGUAACCUUGGGCACAAAAACAGUCAGUGCCCAGCAGUUUCUCCCACUGUGCGUACAGUGGGCGAAGGUGAUGUAAGCAGAGUAUUAGCCAAGUGCUCAGCUCAAGCACAGCAGAUAGAUCAGCUUGAAAUGAACCUGUCCUGUCUAAAGGAGCUAAUCUCAGAUCUGGAGUCCACACUCACAGAAAACAGAGAGAAUCACAGCCAGGCUGUUUGCGACCUCCACAGUGACAUCUGCCAUAAAGACACUGAACAGUCUGACCAAAUUAAAAAUGGUCAACAUGUACACAAUGGUCAAAAGGAGGGUGAUUAUUGGGACGACAGGCCGAGGGACAGUGAUGAUAGAAAUCAUAUUAAACCAGAUGAAAUGGACAGUGUGUGGCAGAGAAGACAAUUAUUUGACAAUUACAAGAAUAAGCAUAAAGAAACAGGACCUAAUACCAGCAUCGGAGAUCCCGAAAACCUUCCUUUCAUAUUACAGGAAAGAGUGACUGAGGCAGUUAAUGCAAGAGAAGUCAAGCUUGUCAAAACCUCAACUGCAGAGACAAGAAAGGUUAUAGAAACAAGUAAAGGAGCACAAACUACACUGGGUGCGGCUCCCUGCAGGGUCCCGUGGUCAGACAGAGCACCACAAGCUAAAGAUCUAAGCAUUAUGGGUUAUGGACAGCACAAGGGCUGUAAAAAGCAGCAGCCACCAGCAAAAUGCAUCACCUCUCUGGCCCAGAGGAUGCGCAUUCCUGAGAUGUUCCGGAAGGAUCCCUCUGAAGCCUCGGUUCCACAUAAAGGCUCGGUGCUGUCAGAUACCAGUAACCAGCCAACGGGAAGGAGAACUGAGAUGGCUGUACAGGGGGAAGACACUUCCCGCUCCCUGUCUCUCAACCAGUCAUACGAUGUGGAUACGCCGUCUGGUCUGUGGCUUCUCGAAGGGUCAGGAUCCAGCUUGAGUUCAAAAGAUCAUGUUCAGGAGAAAGAUUUGACCCCGGAAAGUGGAGGUGAAGGUCAAGCUGUGGUAUCCAAGGUCAAGCGUAGACUACUCAUGCAUGAAGACAGGACCAGGAAUACAAGUGGGCAGGCUGACCUGGUAGUCAGACCCAACUCCAACACACCCAAAGACUCAGUGUGGUGCUAUGAAGGCAACAAGGGUCAGAAGGAUAAACAGCAGCAGCUGAAGCAGGCCCAUGCUGCUCAAGUCAGAGCCCUGCAGGAGGAGCACAGGAGACAACAGCAAGAGCUACUGCAGGCAUUGGCUCUACGUUACCACCACCUUCAGAGCGUGUCGUUACCCUGCCCCAUGUCCAGCUCACGUCUGGGGGACACCUUGACCUCUCUCACCUUCCCGCAGUCCUCCACUUCUCUCCCAGAGCGCUACCGCCCCCUGGUGUUGGCAGCUGUGAAAGGUUUCCUGACUCGCAGACUGCUGAGGACCGAGAGGGUGGCACAGCUGCUACGCACCAUCAGGGACACUCAGCAGUUCCUGCAAGCUUUCCAGAAGCAGAGCCCUGGCAGAGGAGAAUUUUGUAGCAGACAAGACCUCUUAUUGCAGGAGAGAGUCACUCUGCAGCUGCGCUCCGCACGUUAUGAGGUCUAUGACAUAUUCUUCAGCCUGUCUGCUGGAGAGAGGAUGCAGCUGAUCAGCUGGGACAGAGAGCUGGCCAGAGAGAGAGAGCUCAGGCGACAGAGUGGACACUUAGGCCGUUCCAGAGGAAUGAGUUCUCUCUCAGCUGCUACACAAAAAUCCCUGGAGAGGAAGAGAGGAAUUAUGAUACAGAAGAAGGCAGCAGAGAGGCAUAGAUGUGUUGUGACGAGGGCUCCACACAGGGCUGCCUGCACCGCUGAGCAGCCAUCCCAAACCCAACGAGGACAGUUCAAAGCAAACCCUCAGAGGGUUCCCAAGACCACCAGUUCCUGUAGACCCCGAUGAUGCUUAUCUUAUAGAUCCCAAUAAGGAAUUUUAAGAGUCUUCUAGCUCUUUUUAUUCAACUUAGCGUAGACUUUCCUGAUUUGAAACACAGUGAUGUCUGUUGUUGGACAAGUUUGUCGUUUUAUUUUAUAUUUGAUGUGAUUUGGAUAUUUUUAUAGUCAUUAAUCUAAAGAUAAUAUGUCAACCUGAACUAACAUUACUCUAAGUAUUCCACACUUUCUUAGAGAUUAAGGAGUAUUGUAACAGUCACGGGCUGCUCAGAGGUCUAGAUAAAAUAUGUCACCCCAGCCGCCCUGCCAGUGCUUGGAUUCCUCCACAGUGCCUGGUUUCAGUGGGUUAUAGCCUCUUUUUUUUUUUUUUUUUUUUUUUUUAAAUAUGUGAAACAUGACAAUCUUGAAUGACUUCACUGUUGUGAGUGUUCACCCUGUCAUUGUUUUAUUGUCAGUAUACAUUCACCUGCUGGCUGUGUGAUGCACCUAGAGUGAAAGCUUAAUGCGAGUUUGUAGUUUCCAGUUGAAUGUCUUUUUUUCUUUCCUAAUUCUGCACUACACGUCAUCCAAAUGUCUUGUGAUAUUUGAACAAGGACUAAGCUAAGUUGAAUGUGCAGCUCUGUAGGAUUGGCUUGGAACACCAAAUGAGUCUCUUUGUGUUCAUUUUCAUGGUCCAUUGCCACUGAAUGUAGACCAUUUACAGAAGUAUGGACAAGUGUUGACAGUGUGCUGCUGACACACCAAAAAGUGUUGACCCUAAUGUUUGAAUAGUGUGCAGCAAAUAUUGCCUUAUUUAUCACAAGCACAGAAAGCUUUUGUAUUUUUUUUUUUAGCGAAGCAAACCUGGAAUUUGUUUUAUAUGUUAUUUAUUUUGUGGUUUGUAAUAAAUUCCUCUAAACGCAAA